CUUUACAGAAUCUCAGGCACACAGGAACACUGGAUCAUUUCAUCAAUACUGAGCACUAAAGAGGAGACCUGUUUUUGUGGCUAUAUUUGUUUCAACACGCUUUAGAAAAACUCAUUUAAAAAACAAAAUAAGAUCAGAUUACUGACUGUCUGAUUGACGGUAAAACCGGUACCAUCAGUCUUUAAACUAUGGAACCCUACGAUGAUCCCAGCAAUGCUGACACGAGCUUGGCAUCAGCUACCAGGAUGAUCAUGAAGGAUCACUCUUUCUCUAAACGUCAUGGCUCCUCUGACAUUAUUUCCUUGACUGACAUAUCUGAUGAGUGUUCUUUUGAUCUGUCAGACAUUCCCUCAAUUUCUGGGGGAAGUAGUCUCAAUUCAAUCACAGGAGCAUGUGGAUUGCAAUAUGAGACGGAGGUGGAUGUUGUCGAUGAAGUCCUGCUGGAAUACCAGGCUUCAUCAUCCUCCAUCUGUACAUUUGCGUCAGACUCCACAAUGUCUGGUGAAUAUUAUAUUAACUACCCAGAGGAACACCAAAAUCCCAGAGCUACGAUUGAUGGUGAGGAAGAGCUCAAAAGCUUCAUGGUUGCACCAGUUGACAAAGCUGAUCAGCCAAGCUCUUUAAAUCCAGAAGCUUUGGCUGAUGGUGAGAAAGAGCCUAGGAGCUCCAUGGUUGCACCAGCUGACAAAGCUGAUCAACCAAGCUCUUCAAAGCUGAAAAAACGAGUCAGCGGCUUCUUCAGAAGGGCGUGGCAGGCUAUGAAACGACCCUUCAUACCUGCCAAACGUUCCCAAAAAGUCUUCCCUAUUGAAUUACUUUAUAGGGCUGGAUUCCUUUGAGGAUACCCAACAACCUAAUUAAUGGAAGUGAUGUUUGGAUUAAUGGAUUUAUGUUGUUAAUAAUAAUAAUAAUAAUUCAGAUGUACAUA